CUGAAUGGGCUGGAGCAGUCACCAGGGUCGACAGGGGCCCCUUGGCCCCUGGGAAACCAUGGCAACAAAUGACCUGAAGAUAAGGGAGAAGUACAGGUUAGACCAAAUAAGGAGGAAACAAUAGAUGCCACAUGUCCAUUGGUCAGAGAUAAUGGUAGUAGCCCUAAGGCAUGGGGAAAGUUUUAAGAAGGGUGUGCUCCUUGCAAUUAACGCCAUUUUGCCGCUCACCAUAUUGGUGUCAUGAAAAGCGUGCGAAACUGGCCGGGGCUGUCGGAACACUUUCACAAGGAGACUUCAGUCAGGGUCGCCGAAACAAAGGCGACAAAUGGUGCUCCGUGUGAGGAAGUCUCACCUGUGGAAGUGUGACAGCCGGCUGCGGGACGGACGCAGGAGCCUGCCGUGGUAAGGCGGCGGAAGAGCUGGAGGGGCUGAUCCCCUGGGGCUAAGAGCAGCGCUGGUAGCUGGUGGAAGGUCGCGGAGGGUUUGAAUUCCCUGGGCGACGAUGGAAUCCGUCAUUAAGGUAUUAUAUCAAGUUUGUAAAACGUACUGCGGGAAAACCGCCCCUUCUAAGAAGGAGGUGGGUACCGUUCUUUCUUUUCUUGUAAAGGAGGGACUUCUUUCUUUUCCUUAUGAGAUUUAUGACUCCAGCAAGUGGGACUCUUUGACAUUAGCGCUUGCUCAGAGAGCUAUGUCGUCCCAAGGGGCGUCGGUGCUUAAAUUUUGGGGUCUGAUUCGGGGUGCUCUGAAGGCAGCGAGGGAAGAAAAGACUGCCAAAAACCUUGCCAGAGAUCUGUUGGGUUUGGAUCCGGGCGGGGGAGGGUCACCGCGGCCGGGAGACUCUAACCCCUUCAAGGAUCUGCCCCAAGACAAGAUGGCACCGGAGGCACCGACCUUGCCAGAAACACCAACACCGGAAAAGAAGGAGGAAGAGUCGCCAUCAUCUCCGACGGCUCCGCCCCCGUAUCCUCUCCAGUACCCCUCUUUGCAUGGCUUUCGUCAGGGGGAGGAUCCUACACGGGUAGGGGUAGGGGCAGGGGCCGAGGGAUUGCUGGCUGCGGCUCCGCCCUCAGGGGCUGAGCGAUUGAUGGUUGCGGCUCUGCCCCCGCCACCUGUUCCGCCCUCCCAAACGGCCAGGGUCCCAGCUAACUUGGGGAAAGGGGCCUUAUUUAUCGAUUGGGGCCGGGUAAGGGAGGAGAUGAGAGCAGCGGAGCUCUUGGAUGAUUAUAAGGCAUUCCCUGUAGAGAUCAGGGGACAGGGACCUGUUUGGGUUCCUUUAGACCUGUUGGAAAUAAUCCAACCGCUUCGUCCGUCCCUGGCCGUGCCCCUCGCGGGACAGCGGAACCGCAGGUCGGGACUCCGCACUCGCUUCGCACUGACAGCGCGUCUCAGUCACACACACUCAAAGAGUCUCAACCGACCCCCAAGGAAAGAGUUAAAUCCCCUUACCUUGGUCCGUGCACGAAGUUACCGGGUCGCAAUGGCCAACACCCGUGCCUGCCUGCCCCUUGGCUUUUACAGAGUCCGUCCUCUAUGA